CCCCCUGCCGCGUUCGUGGACGUCGCCGCGCCCCUGUCCGCGGACGCUGCGCCCCCUGCCCCCGCGUGGUCGCGCAUCUCCGAGCGGGCAGACGCCGAAGCAUUUCUUUACGCAGAGACUGUUCUGACGUCCGUGCUGGAGCACGACGCCGACAUUUUCGGAUGGAUUGCGCUCAUGCACGUGGCGCCUUGGCGCCGCGUGGUGCUUGCCUUCGCGAAAUUUGUCUCCUCCCGCGCCGCCGCCUUCGCGAUGCAGGGCGCCGCGGACGUGGUUCACCACUUGAGUCAGCGCUUCAAGCCCGGGGGGUCGCGGUUCGAUACCCGCCGCCCUGUCGGCGGGUUGGCCGCGCUGCAGGAGCUCGUCGACGAUGGCGCCAGCAUGGCUGCUGUGCGCAAUUUCGUGGGCAAGUUCACCGCGACGCCGCCUGCCACCUGGGGCCCCGGUGUCCUCCGCGAACCGCUGGAGUCGCGGGAACCGAAACUCAUGCACCUCCACGCUGGGUGCAAAUACUUUCGGGGGCACACGGUUCGACAGCUCUUCUUCCGCGCGUUCCGCCGCGACGGUCGCUGCGCGUGGGGCGAGCUGGACUGGGGAGUCGGCGUCGUCGGGUGCGACGACGCAGUCCGUGCGAUCGCCUACGUCAGCUCCGCGUUCGGCGAUGUCCGGCUGCUGGCGCUGGCCGACCUCAGC